UGCUGUAAUAGAACUGAUUCUGCCUGUAGAGUAUGUUGUGCUGGAUCCCAUGCUGUGCCUAAUCAAGCCUCUUCUUGGCAACCGUGGACUUCAUUGCACUCUCAGUCUCCUGCUCCUCAUGUGUGCUGUUCUGCUUCAGAGAACUCAGGUUUUCAGUGCGGAGUGGUGCAAAGCUCUGAAGGUUUAGAAAACAUGAUACCUUAUGGUGUUUAUUAGGAGCUUCUCGUUUGGAGCCUGUUACCUAAUAGGUUGGCAGCCUCGGUGGUUUGUCUUAGACAAUGGGAUAUUGUCAUACUAUGAUUCACAGGAUGAUGUUUGCAAAGGCAGCAAAGGAAGUAUAAAGAUGGCCGUGUGUGAAAUAAAAGUCCAUGCAACAGACAACACCAGAAUGGAGUUAAUCAUCCCAGGGGAACAGCAUUUCUAUAUGAAAGCAGUUAAUGCAGCUGAAAGGCAGAGGUGGCUGGUAGCACUGGGAAGUGCAAAGGCCUGUUUAGCAGAUACUAGAACAAAAAAAGAAAAAGAAAUAAGUGAGACCAAUGAAUCUCUUAAAACCAAAAUGUCGGAACUUCGUCUCUACUGUGAUCUUCUAAUGCAGCAAGUUCAUACAAUACAAGAAUUUGUUCACCACGAUGAGACUUGCUCUCCUCCCAGCAUUGAGAACAUGAAUGAAGCCUCAUCCUUGCUUAGUGCCACAUGUAAUACGUUUAUCACAACACUUGAAGAAUGUGUGAAGAUUGCUAAUGCCAAGUUUAAGCCAGAAAUGUUCCAGCUGCCUCAUCCCGAUCCCUUAGUUUCUCCUGUGUCACCAUCACCUGUCCAAAUGAUGAAACGUUCCAUUAGCCAUCCUGGUCCUUAUUAUUCAGAAAGGGAUAAUCACUCUGUGAAAGAACCAAUUUCAUCCCUCCAUCGGUUAUCACAGCAUCGCAGAAGAACAUACUCAGAUACAGAAUCUUACAGUGACACUCCCCUGGAAGAUUCUCAGAGAUCUGCUCACUGUCCUGGAAAUGCUGUAAAUGGAGAUCUGGUGUCAUCAACCAUUCCGGAAGAAAAUAGAUCGAUAUCAAAUGAAAGAUCUAACCUGGAAGGGAGUCUCUCAUCCUUUUCUUCCUGAAGAAGCUGAAAGUGUUUAAAUUUUCUAUUAAAAAUGCUAUGCAAAGG